UCCGAGGUUCGCCUCGCUUCGGCAUCCUUAUUUGUCGAAAUUACUUUGGGUACACGAAAAAAACAAGUCUAUAGCAAUACCAAAGAAACCCAUGGCCAGUUGUAACCCAGCAAUCGAUGCAAAUGCUCCCAGCGCAAAUCCAUCAUCUAUCUCUAACCAUGCACUUGCACUCACGCAUCUAUACCUCUAUUCAAUAACAACCCCACCCCCCUCCCUCCAAACCCCCUCCAACCCACCCCCCCUGCCCCCCACAAACACAACCUGCUCCACAACUCUCUCACCACCAUCCUCCUCGACGGAGACCAAGGGAUGAUACUCCACUCCCUC